UGUAUACUUCUGAAUGCUACAUCACAACCACACAAAGAAAUCAAAUAGAUAACAAGAAGAGAUCAAAACAAGUAUUCACUGGCUAUGGAGAGUCCUUUGAGAGAAGAAGGGGACAUCAAUGAUAUUCUUGAUGAUUUAGAGAAUGGUAAGGAAAUCUACGCGCGACUCUCACGACCACAACAAGCCAAGCCCUACCACAAAAUUAUGAUGGCGAAUGAAGAGAUACUGACAAUUGGUACAGCUUCACGCAUUCCUUCAAAGCAACGAUCUGUGAAGAUUUCAAGUCACCUUGAUAGGCUGUGCUCGAGAGCAUAUGGAGAGGGAUUAUCCAACGCGUCGUUGGAAAAGCUUAUUGAUAUCAUCACUCUUCCCAACGAGCUUGAUCAAGUGAGCAUUGGCAAUUUAAUCAAGUAUCUUUAUCCAGCCAGCAAGGUUUCAGAUCCAAUAGUCAUCAAAGUAGUAGGGUGCCUGGGUCAUGGAAAAGCCAAACCUUCCUAUGCAGCUCAGGCAGCGUUGUUGAAAUGGAUAGUCAUGGUCUAUGAUGUUCUGGAGAAUCAAAAGAUUUUGUCACAGCUUUAUGCUGUACUAUUCAACUUACUGGAUACCAUCGCCCUCAGGUAUUGUCUACACUUCACACGUGUCGGCGUCUCAUCUCACGUUCACGCAGGUCACAGUUGUGUCACGUGCUGUCCAUCAUCACCCGCCGAAAACACGUUCGGCCAUUUAGGAUACAAGCAUUGUAUGUUGGGGCAAGUUAAUUUAACCAGCUUGCUAACUUCUCUUAAGAAUGCAAUGGACACGGAAGGCGGGCCAUGAUCCGGCUCUAGUAGGGCUUAUGAGGGUAUACAAAGAUUACUAUCCGGAGGUAAUCGUAGGUGAUGUGACUUCCGGAAGGGCCUCAGUCUUCACGGUAAUCUUCCACUAAAUAUUUAGAUGAAAAUCAUGUAUUGAUAUCACCAGCACCCAAAUCGUGAAUGGCGAGAAAGGCUCGGCGAAAUACAAGAAGAUCAUCUCAAGAGGAUGGAAGAGGAGCUUGUCUCUGCCCAUCGGAGCUUCCGCGUGUCACGAAAGACUGUCAAAGACAGGAAGCAUGGAUCCUUACCAGGAGUAAAUACGAUGUAUGCUCAGGAUGUAAGUGCUUGUUCCUAAGCUUAUCAUCAUAUCUGACCAGUCGAAAGACUUCAAUUACACUAGAAGAGGUCGAGGAUGUGAACGAGUUUGUCCAGAAGCUUGAGAAGAUCGAGCUACCAAACCAAUUGGUGGCUGGUAUUCAUGACCCUUUGCUCCAAAAGUUGCUGUAUCUCAGGUCUUCUGAGGCUACGCUACGACGAAUAGAUUAUUGGCUUCUGGCCUUUUUCGAGGAUCAGCUUGAAAAUGAUCUGUCCUCUGAGAGGCUGAUACCAGAUAUGCUGGAAGUUAUUCUGCAGUAUACUAGGUUUACCAAGGUCGGUCAAUAUACAACAAUGUUUAUCGCUCUACUAACAAUUAUAGAUACUGCCUUCGGCAUGCCUUUCCUAUCUGAAAUCGUUGCUGCCUUGUUGGGACGGUUUUACAAACCGUGAUGUGAUCUUAGAGCUAUUGACUUAUAUUCAUAUUGGUUCUUUCGAUGGUAUACCUCCCGCCACAAUCAAAAAUUCAAGACUAACUUAGCAUUAGACCUUCACCAAACAAUAUUUUACUUAAUUGAAGAUGCAGUUGUAGAUGGCGCUCAUGAAUCACAGCUUGCUCUCCUCAAAUUUUAUAAAGCUGUGCUCAGCCAGUGGACUCUCAGCCUAAUCUCACAAGCUCCAAGCCCAUCAAACAACGGCACAAACAUAGUCGCACUCGUACAUCACGUCAAUGAGCUAGCUGUUGCAAUACUACAACAGUCUUCGAGCGUUGUCAUUCACGCAACUAUCCUUGAUUUCUACGAAGCGAAUGCAUUCUUAAUAUCUUAUCCAACUCUAACACCAACAGUUCGGAUAGCUAUUCCCCCACCUCAAGUCGUUUACACGCUAUACUUCAGCUCUAACUUAUCGGUAAUCGCCCGCAUUUGCAACAUCCUCGCCCUCUACAAGAAAGCUUUCGAAGUGGCUAUGGCUCCGCGCACAAACCCGGCUGCACCAGGCAAUCAAUCGUAUCCCAAAGAAUAUGUCAAUCGCUUCAAUGGUUUUUUGAUGGAUAUCUGCAAUUGUUUAUGGAGAUCACGAGCCUUCUAUACGACAGAUGUGAACGCACUAGGUUGUUUACUUCCAGAGCAGACAAUGGGGACAUUAAGUUCUUACAUUUCCAAGCUGGAGACAUCACUUUCACUAAGUUCUCUAUUCACUAUUUCGUGCUCACCAGCGACAUGUCGUCAUGCCAUCACAUACAUGAGGGAGUUAGAAGAUCGGGCUGAGAAUGAAAUCGGCGUCAGACACGCUGGGCCGGUAACACAAGUGUCAUUAAAGAAACUUGGAAAUGACGGCGGAUUGUCCAUAACAUGGCAGGACUAUCGAAUGGGUGUUUUAAGAUUUUUGGAAGGCAAAGGUCUUCCUGGGGCUGGAGAAUUAAUGUAUAACACUAUGAAGCAUCUCAUGGCUGCAAGAAAUGUUGUAUAGUCUAAAGAUUUGACCGACAUUAACAUAGUGCACUGUAUCACAACACGGCCCUCAUAGGCUGCCCGUAUCAAGACGUGUAAAAAAAAUGUUCCCAAACCAAAGUGUCUAUUCAAAUU